AUGGCAAAUAACGGGCCGAACACGAACAAAUCGCAGUUCUUCAUCACGUAUGCAAAACAGCCUCAUCUUGACCUCAAGUACACAGUUUUUGGAAAAGUGAUUGACGGAUUCGAUGCACUCGACGAGCUUGAAACUAUCAAGGUGGACGCCAAGUAUCGUCCGGUUGUGGAACAAAGCAAAGCUUGUUAUUCUACGCAAACCAACGAAGAACUUAAAGCACAGCAGGCAAAAAUCAAGCAGUCACAGGACUACUUUAGUCAGUACAUAGAAGAGUAUUAUGAAGAGGAUGAGGAUGAAGACAGCGAACCAGUGUUACCUGAAAAAGUUGAGGAAGAAAUUCAUCUUGAAACGAUCGACGAGGUGGUUUCUCUUUUGAAAAAGGAGCGUGUUCGAGAUAUCGUCGUGCUUUUCCUUGGCGAAGAUGGGCCAGGUAUUGUGGACACGAUGGUUAUCUGUAGCCCUUUCAAUGCAAGACAUGGAAUAGCUGUAUCUGAGAUAUUACGGAAAGCAGGCAAAUCGACAGAUGAACAAGUUAUCUGUAGCCCUUUCAAUGCAAGACAUGGAAUAGCUGUAUCUGAGAUAUUACGGAAAGCAGGCAAAUCGACAGAUGAACAACCGAAGAAAUGUACGGUACGCCACAGUUUUGGAUGGUUCCAGAUCGAGCUGGGAAGAAUUCAGGUUCAUGUUAUGGGUGAAGAAGUACGUCAGCGUUUCGAUCUGGAGUCCUUUGUGGGGCUUGAAUGA